AUGUCAACACGGACACCUGCCCCUGGCUCUCGGCACUGCUCUAUCGCCUGCGGGGCCGCCCUGAGCCCGGCCAGCCGCCCUGAGCCGGGCCAGCCGCCCAGCCCGGCCCCCACGCCCCCGCAGCCGGAGCGCAGACCCCGGCGGGCAGCGCCGCCGCCGCUGCCCCUCACGGCGACCCUUCAGCGGCCGCUCCCAGCACCCCCGAACCCGCUCCCGCCCUCCAGCCCCGCCCCUUAUCGCCCGGCCGCAGCCGCCUCCCUUAUCGCCCUGAUCUGUCUUAUCACCCGCGGGCAGGGACAGCGCCGACUCGCCCGGCCGCGCCCCGCCAGCGGCAGCGCGGCUCCGGCACGGCGGUGGGCGCGCACUGAGACCGAGCCCAGGGCGGAGCAGGGCGGAGGGGCGCGGUGCCCGGCCCCGCCCCGCCCCGCGCGGGGCUUUGUUCCCCCGCAUGCAGCCCCCGCCCGGAGGCGGCCGUGCCCGCCCGCCCCGCGGAGCGCCCGGGAGGCGGUGCGGCGGGGGCGCCCCGCGGCAGGCCCGCCCCGCGCGGUGCCCGCCGUCACUGCCGCGGGCGCUCGGGCCGCCGGCGCCUCCCCCGCCGCGGCGGCGGCCUGA